AUGGAUAGCGGAAGUGACGUUGAACCACCUCCUAAAGUAUCGAAAACAGAAAUUUUGACACCUUCUCGAGCUCAGAAACUCAAGGAACUUCCGAUACAUAUCGACUUCGAUCAUUUUCAGAAGUCGAUCGAUGACGGAACAUUCCAAUUUUCUUGA